AUGGGCGUGUGGAGCAACGGCGAAUUCGAGCGGAUGAUGGAAGGCUUCAGUUUGGGGCCAAUAAGAGAAGGCGUGGACGAGGCCAUUUCUGCAAGGAGGGAUACACAAAUUCGCCUUCAUGAAAUUCACCUUCUUCAUGAAAUUAUUUUUUCUUCCGUUGACAAGCCAAAGUUCCUUAGUCAGCUAUCUACGCUGUUUUCCGAUCUUGGAUUGAACAUUCGUGAAACUCAUUUGUUCUCAACCACAGAUGGGUUGUGUUUGGAUGUGUUUGUUGUUGAUGGCUGGGAAACAGAGGAGACAGAUGAUUUGCUGCAGCAGCUCAAGGAGACAGCGAAACGUAAUCCCUCGUUAUCUAAUCUAACAAGUUCAGCCUCGGAGAGAAUAUCAGAGCUGCAAGAAAAGAUUGGAGAAUCUGAAUUUGACAGGGAUCUGUUGCAGAUUGAAGAAAAGAUUGCGUCUGGAUCUUCUGGAGACUUAUAUCGAGGAACUUACCUUGAUGUGGAUGUUGCAAUAAAGUACCUUAGAACUGAACAUGUUAACGAUAAUUCAAAAGUGGAGUUUUUGCAAGAAAUAAUGAUUUUAAGGAGCGUUAAUCAUGAAAAUGUCGUUCGCUUUUACAGGGCAUGCACAAAGCAGCGAAAGUAUCUCAUUGUAACAGAGUACAUGGCUGGAGGUAAUCUGUAUGACUUCCUUCACAAGCAUAACAAUGCCUUGGAGCUUUCCUUGAUUCUUAGGAUUGCUAUUGGCAUAUCAAAAGGCAUGGAUUAUUUGCACCAGAAUAACAUCAUCCAUAGAGACUUAAAGUCUGCCAAUUUACUAAUUGGCAAUGGUCAAAUCGUGAAGAUUGCAGAUUUUGGUGUCUCUCGUCAACGAUCGCAAGAGGGUGAUAUGACUGCUGAAACUGGCACCUACAGAUGGAUGGCACCUGAGGUGAUAAACCAUAAGCCUUAUGAUCACAAGGCAGAUGUCUUCAGCUUUGCUAUUGUUCUAUGGGAGUUGGUCACUUCAAAGGUCCCAUAUGAAAACCUGACACCAUUGCAAGCGGCACUGUCAGUAAGGCAGGGACUUCGUUUGGUGAUUCCCUCAGGUGUGCAUCCGAGAUUGUCUAAAUUGAUUCAACGGUGUUGGGGCGAAAACCCCCAUACGCGACCCGUUUUCUCUGAGAUCACCGCGGAACUGGAAGAUAUCUUGCGGCCUAUUCAGGUCGCCUCCCGCUCCAAAGGAAGCCAUCGACAUAUCAAACAAAAGAUACAGAUGAAAUCACAGCGAUAG